GUUGCCUCGCAUCGAUCGUCGUGGUUGAGCAAAAAAAAAAAAGACUUGCACACAGCAUAAGUUUUGCAAAAUUUGUUAAGCAAAGGUGCUUUAGGAGAUAUGAAUCAAUCUGUGAAUAGUCCCUCUGUGAAGAAUCCUUCUGUGUUACAUUAACCAUUCCUUAAAUCAGAAAAUCUGUGGUAGAACAAAGACUUUAAGAAAAAUAUAAAAUCUCAGGUGAAAAGUUCCUUAAAAAAAUUCAAAAUGCAACUGAAAGGAGUUGUGGGCGUUGAUGACGUCAAAAUAAGUCUUCAACGAUUCGGUUGGCCAGACUAUUUGGUUUUUGGUUGCAUGCUAAUCAGUUGCUCCCUCAUAGGGGUAUACUUUGGCUUUAUAAAGAAGAAACCGAAAAAGAGUAGUGAAGAGGCGGACAACUACCUCGUUGGUGGUCGCAAAAUGCGAAUAUUUCCCAUUGCAAUGUCUCUCAUUGCAACCUACAUAUCUGGGAUAAGUCUCCUGGGAACGCCAACGGAAAUUUACGUCUUUGGAGUUCAAUACAUGUACAUUCUGAUUGGGGUGAUUGCUGUUGCGCUAAUUAUGACCUUUAUCUUCCUCCCUGUCUUUCAUGAUCUGAAACUCACAUCCACCUAUGAGUACCUAGAGAUGCGUUUUGAUAAAAGAGUUAGAAUGCUUGGUUCAGUAAUGUUCAUCUUUGGUACAAUGGCAUGGCUCCCAAUUGUUAUCUAUGUGCCCGCGUUAGCUUUCAAUCAAGUUACGGGAAUCAAUGUUCACCUAAUUACUCCACUUGUGUGCAUUGUGUGUAUCUUCUAUACAUGCGUUGGUGGACUGAAAGCCGUUGUAUGGACGGAUGUGGUACAAACAUUCUUAAUGUUUGGCGCCAUUAUUCUCGUCAUGAUAAAAGGAACGAAAGAUAUUGGUGGAAUGGGCGUACUCUGGGACAGAGCUAUGGAUAGUGGGAGGAUUGAAGGACCAGAUUUUGACUUAGAUCCUCGAACGAGAAAUACCAUCUUUUCCGUUGUCAUCGGUGGUAUGGCGUACUGGCUAAAGAGCAAUGCCAUAAGUCAGAAUAUGAUUCAGAGAUAUCUAUCCUUGCCAACACUUUCAGCAGCUAGAAAAUCCCUCUGGAUUUUCACAAUAGGUGUAUCUGUGUUAAUCCUUAUGUGCUGUUACUGUGGACUUCUGAUCUAUGCUACAUACUACGACUGUGAUCCGUUAACAACGAAACUAGCUAAAGCAAAGGAUCAACUACUACCACUCCUAGUUAUGGAUAUUCUAGGAGAUUACCCCGGACUUCCUGGACUCUUUGUAGCCGGGGUAUUUAGUGCAGCUCUGAGUUCUCUCUCAACCGGUUUGAAUUCCUUAUCUGCUGUCUUCCUUGAAGACUUCUUCCGUGCCUUCUCAAAGGAGCAACUCUCCGAAAAGAAGACAGCCUACAUUAUGAGAGGUGUUGUCGUUAUUCUAGGCACUAUUUGUGUAUGCCUUGUAUUUGUAGUUGAAAGACUUGGGACAGUUCUGCAGCUCUCAAUGAGUCUAGGAUCUGUAACCAAUGGCCCAUUGCUCGGGGUGUUUACAAUGGGUGUUAUGGUGCCAUGGGUUGAAGGAACAGGAGCUGUUGUAGGAGCUGUUACAGGACUUAUUAUAAUGGCGUGGAUCGUGUUUAAUGCACAAGUUGCCAUUGCUUCUGGGGAUAUAAAGUUUCCGGCAAAACCCGUAGCUACAAAUGGAUGCACGUAUACUUUUAUCCCAGGAGAACCCCUCAGUAUGCUGGCGAUUAAUGUAACAGAAAUUGAUGUUGCAUCCUCAAUACCUCCAGAAGACGAUAGCUUCUCAAUCUAUCACAUCUCCUACCUCUGGUACGUCCUUCUUGGAUGUAUAAUAACCAUCUGCGUGGCUCUGGUGGUAUCAUUUAUCAACGGAGCUAAUAAACCAUCACAAGUGAAACCAAAUAUGCUUGCUCCUUUUGUAAGGAGAAUCAUCUGGAAGAAGUCUCAUGAAUCGGAUUCACCUCAGAGUAUCGGAAAGUCCGAUGAAAUGAUUCUUUCCAACAAGGAUUCUACCACUAAAGUUGAAUCAAUUAAUGUAAGAACACCUGCAUGAGCUUUUUUGUUUAAGAUCUUCCUCCUUAAAUGUAUUUCCUUUAAGCAUUUAUUAAAAUUCUUUCCAAAAAAAUACACAAAAAAGAAUUCUUUGCAAAAAUUCCUCUCUCAGACAAAAAUGACUGAAGAUGACAAUCAA